GUGUUGGCGGUGCGGUUAAUAAGCGGAGCGCUUUGAACCGUGGAGAGUCGGGAUCGCGCUCGCUCAUUGCGUUGAUGGUGAAUUGAGCGACUGGCUGCGCGACGCCGGUCAUUCACGCAUCGAGAGAGCGCAUGCACUUUUUCAGCACCAAUUGAGUGUGGACAGUGCACGGCGCCUCAUAGCCUCCUGUGAGUGGUCGGACAUUCAACCUGUGGCUAAAUUGUACGAUAGGCUACUUUUGAUGGGAAAACCCCACAAUUGAAUACUACACACUCGAAAAGGGAUGCAGACGUUUGGAAAGAAAUACAGGAAUAUGAUGUUUUUUUGACCUAGUAUACUUACCUGUUCAUCCUCCGCUACCCUGGUUGGUUUUUCAGACAGCCAGAGUGGUGCUGAGCUGCGGGGUGUUGGUGACUCCGCUUCGGGUGGAGUGGUGCGCUGCUACUGGGGCUUUAGUUGACUCUCUGCCGGGAGGAUUAGUGGUUUUCUGCGGGGGCUAGUCGACUCUCUGGUGGGCGGGGUGGUGUGGUGGUGCCAUAGGAGCCCCUCCAUUCAGAAGGAUGCUGGUGGGAAAUGCCUGGCGACAGAGAGGACGAGAUUUGUCAAAAAGCACUAGAACUACUGUCUGAUCUGUGCUCUAAAGGGGAAGUACAGAAUGAGAACUGUCUGGAUUUCAUUUACCAUUUCCGGGACCUCGCCAGACCACGCUACACGGACUCAGAUGUGUCAGUGAGCCUGCUGUCCCUGGUGGUGACAGCCUGUGGCCUGGCCCUGUUCGGGGUCUCAAUCUUUGUCUCCUGGAAGCUCUGCUGGAUCCCAUGGAGGGAGCGUGGCCCCUCCCCCAGCAUCAAGGAGCCCACCCAUGGGCACCACAAUUCCCCCAUGGCACCUUUACAACCCUAUGUCCCAUCCAGGGAGUCAGUCUACACAGCCGUCGACCCCCUUGUCCCCACCCUCGACCGCCGUGAGUCCCAUCGCUGCUCCAUUGUCCCUGUGGCAUCUGGGACCGUGACGGGGCCGGUGACCCCCGUAUCACCGCCCCCCAUAGCGGCGAUCAUCCCCAUCCCAGAGGCGGCCAUGAAGAUUAGCCACACGUCUCCAGACAUCCCCCUAGAGUCCCAGAGUAAAGGCCGCGAGAACGGGGUCCACACCAACCCUCGUAGGCAGAGGCAGACUACUGAGCCCUCACCCUCCGUCCGGUCAAUGUCUAUACACACAGAGAUUGGGUCUAACUCUAUUCGUAGAUUAUCCGUAAACAGGUCCAACCCGGACUUUAACGUGGCCCAGUUCCAGAGACAGGACUCCCUGACUGGGAUGGGACUGGGUCUGGGCCGUCUCAAACCAGAGCUUUAUAAGCAGCGCUCCUUGGAAGGGGAUGAGGGCGGCCGGCGGGGCGGAGGCUGUGGACGCCUACACUUCAUUCUCAAGUUCGACUGUGACCUGGAGCAACUAAUCGUCAAGAUCCACAAGGCGCAGGAUCUCCCCGCCAAGGACUUAUUGGGCACCUCGGACCCCUAUGUCAAGAUCUACCUACUACCGGACCGGCAGACCAAGCACCAGACCAAGGUUCACCGCAAGACACUCAACCCCGUGUUCGAUGAAGUAUUCCUGUUCCCCGUGGAGUACGCUGAGCUGCCGACGCGCAAGCUGCACUUCAGUGUUUAUGACUUUGAUCGCUUCUCGCGCCACGAUAUCAUCGGCCAGGUGGUGGUGGACAACUUCCUUGAUCUGGUGGACUUCCCUGCAGAGACAAAGCUUUGCCGGGACAUCCAGUAUGUCUCCACGGAUAAUGUGGACCUGGGAGACCUGAUGUUCUCUCUGUGCUACCUGCCCACUGCCGGCAGACUGACCAUCACCAUGAUCAAGGCCAGGAACCUUAAGGCCAUGGACAUCACUGGGGCAUCAGACCCGUAUGUGAAGGUCUCUCUAAUGUGUGACGGUCGGAGAUUAAAGAAGAGGAAGACCUCCACUAAGAGGAACACUCUGAACCCUGUCUACAAUGAAGCCAUAGUCUUUGAUGUCCCCCCAGAGAACAUUGACCAGAUCGGCCUUAUGAUCGCCGUCAUGGACUACGACCGUGUAGGCCAUAAUGAGGUCAUCGGGGUGUGUAAAGUGGGCAMCGAUGCAGAGCACCUGGGCCGAGACCACUGGAGCGAAAUGCUGUCGUACCCACGAAAACCCAUCGCCCACUGGCACCCGCUCAUAGAGUACCAAGGCACCACAGGUGGGAGCCAGGCAGGGUCCUGUAAUUCCCUGAAGACUCCUCCGUCUCCAUAAGCUUAACCGUCUGGUUCCUCCCGGAAUACGACCACAAGGAGAAGAGUCAGGCAGCCCAGCCCAACCGUAGGAGUACCGUCCUGCUGAGUGGUCGACAUACUGUUAUACGUCACGACCGUGUGCGGUCGAUCUCCUGGUUAUCAGAGACCAAUUAUUGUCUGCUCUGCGUCUCUGGGACAGGACGUUUGCAUGGGGAGUUGGAUUGAUUCAGUUGCAUGUUGAGUGACCACAUAAUAUGGUUGUUUUCUUUUUAUUCAGUUCCAAAAAGAAAAUCGAUGACAAAAACAACCAGGAAGUUUUAACAGUUUGGUCUAAGCCUGAGUUUGAAGUAACCGUUUUUUACAUUAGUCUUGCUCUACCUGUUUUUAAUGGGGUGUGUCUGUAUUGCACACUGUACUUAAAAACAACCAGUCGAACUGACAUACAUAUUUCAUUUGGAAACGGUGCAUGAGGUCAUGGUUUUUGGUGGAAUAUCUUCUCCUCAAUUUCUUUCGGUUUCUGUUCUUGGAAUAGAUUGUUGUGUCGGAUGAUCACAUGACAUGUGCAGUGGCAAUUAAUUUCUUAGACUUAGUACCUGUACGUAAAAAUGUCCUUUCAAUUGUUAUCAAUAAAUAUUUAUUAAUAAAUACACAGCUGGGUGUUCAAUGUU